CCCUUUCAAAGUCCACGGUCUAAAAAUUCCAUUCCUGGACUUUGUUAAUGCAAUUCUGCCUCAGAACUGGUCUUGCACAGCAGGCACAGUCUGCAUUCGUCAGCCCUCCUUAGGAGAAGGUGGGAGACCCAGGUGUCCAUAAGCUGACCAGAACAGGAAGGACUGGGGGAGAAAUCAUGAUCCAAGAGCGACUGUGGCAGGUUCUAGAUACAUCCUGGGCAGACCCUCGCACCCUCUCAGCUCUGCUCUGCGGCUCAACUGCAGCCAUUGUGCUACUGAAAUGGCUGGGACGUAGGAAGAUCCAGCAGAAGAUGGAGGAGGCAAGGAGGACACGGGAUCUUGCCCUGGAGCGAAUGGAGAGGGCAGCUCGCAGGUUUAAGCAAGAGAACCCGGGCACCCAGACCGCACACAUCCUCUCGCUGACGAUGGUGGAGCUGGCUGAGAAGCUAAAGGAGGGGUCCCUGUCCCCAGAGAGUGUCCUCUACUCCUACAUGGGCAAAGCUUUGGAGGUGACUCGGGAGGUGAACUGCGUGACAGACUUCAUUCAUGGCUGUGAGGAUCAGCUCCAGAAACUGAAGAAGCAGAAGGAGAAGGGGCUGCUCUAUGGCAUUCCCAUCAGCAUCAAGGACCACAUUAACGUCAAGGGCCACGUCUCCUCUGGAGGGAUGGUGAACUUUCUGGGCCAAGUGAUAGAAGAAGACAGCGUCGUUGUCCAGGUUCUAAAGAGCCAGGGGGCAAUCCCCUUUGUGAAAACCAACAUCCCACAGACGAUGAUAAACUACGACUGCAGCAACCUCAUCUUUGGCCAGACACUGAACCCUCUCAACCACCAGAAGAGCCCCGGGGGCUCCUCGGGAGGGGAGGGAGCUCUGAUCGCAGGAGGAGGCUCCAUCCUGGGCAUCGGGUCGGAUGUAGCUGGCAGCAUCCGCCUGCCCUCCAGCUUCUGCGGGCUCUGUGGGCUCAAACCCACAGGCAACAGGAUCAGCAAACUGGGUGUGGUUUCUUCUAUCACAGGAAUGAAAUCAGUGACGGGGAUGCUGGGGCCGAUGGCUAGAGAUGUGGACAGCCUGGCCCUCUGCAUGAGGGCACUGCUCUGCGAGGAGAUGUUCCGGCUGGACCCCACUGUGCCCCCCCUCCCCUUUGAUGAGGAGGUUUACACCAGUUCAAAGCCACUUCGGAUUGGAUAUUAUGAAGGAGAUGGCUACUUCCAGCCCUCACCCAGCAUGAAACGGGCCGUCCAGCAGACAAGAAAGCUCCUCCAGGAUGCAGGGCAUACGCUUGUUCCCUUUGCGCCGCCCAAGAUUGACUACGUGGUAGAUGAGCUGUUCACCAGAGGGAUUUUCUCGGAUGGUGCUGCUCACAUGGUGGACUGCUUCAAAGGAGACAUCGUGGAUCCCAACCUGAAAUCCCAGUACAAUACUUACAGGCUUCCUGCUCUGGUGAAAAGGAUCUUGGCUAUCAUUUUGAAACCCAUAUACCCACGAAUCGCUCGGGAUCUCAACGCUCUCUGUGGAGUCGGGUAA